AUGUCUGAUGAAAACUUAUAUGAGGAUCUUGACAUCGUCAAGGAAAUGAAGAACUACGACAAGUUUACCCCAACAGAGAAUGCAGCCAAAGCAAAGGAGCACCUGGAUUUGCAGGAGAACGUGACCCUUAACAUUGCUGUGACAGGGGAGAGCGGGGCGGGAAAGUCCACCUUUGUAAUGCCUUACUUGGACCAAGGGGCAGCAGAAACUGGAGUGACCAAGACCACAAUGAAGCCCAUUAGAUACAGCCAUCACACAAUGCCUAAUGUGAAAUUCUGGGACCUGCCUGGUAUCGGCACAAACUUUAAAGCAAAGAAGUACCUGAAGAAGGACAAGUUUAAAACCUACAACUUCUUCAUCAUCAUCGGCACAGUGAGGUUCAAAGAGAACAACAUCAUGCUGGCCAAAGAGAUCCAGAAUAUGAAGAAGAUAUUUUACUUUGUCUGGUCGAAGAUUGACAACGACAGCCGAGCUGAGGCUUGGAAGAAGAACUACAGGGAGGAGGAUUUGCUCUCCAAGAUCAGACAGAAUUGUGAGGUGAACCUGAAGACCGUAGGGAACACCAACGUUUUCCUCAUCUCCACAUUUGAGCUGGGGAAGUACGAUUUCCAGAAGCUAAUCUACUCUCUGGAGGAAAACCUCUCAGAGCACAAGAGGUCGGCCUUAAUCCAGGCUCUGCCGGUUUGCUCAAUAGUCAUGAUUGAGAAGAAGAGGAAAUGUCUUUUCAAAAGCGCCUCCACCACAGCAGCCGUACCCAUCCCUGGGCUGAGAGAUUGGUGUUAUGCAGGCCUUCUUCCACAAGGCCUUCAUAACCUUUGGACUGGAUGA